AACGGGAGGGCCGCUGGUGGGAGGCGGCUCGCGGCGGGCUCCGGUGCGGUGAGGCGGCGCCUGCCCUGCCUGCUCCACACUGCGGCGGGCACAACUGUGCGCUACAGAAAUGGCGGAGGGGGAGUUGGACGUCGACUCGCUCAUUUCCAGGCUUCUAGAGGUGCGAGGAUGUCGUCCAGGGAAGAUUGUCCAGAUGACUGAGGCGGAGGUGCGUGGCCUCUGCAUCAAGUCCAGGGAGAUCUUCCUCAGCCAACCAAUCCUUCUAGAGCUAGAGGCUCCACUCAAAAUCUGUGGCGACAUCCAUGGACAGUACACAGACCUGCUGAGGCUCUUUGAGUAUGGCGGCUUCCCACCAGAGGCGAACUACCUGUUCCUCGGCGACUACGUGGACAGAGGGAAACAGUCUCUGGAAACCAUCUGCCUACUGCUGGCGUACAAGAUUAAAUACCCCGAGAACUUCUUCCUGCUCAGGGGCAACCACGAGUGUGCCUCCAUCAAUCGCAUCUACGGCUUCUACGACGAGUGUAAACGCAGAUUCAAUAUCAAGUUGUGGAAAACUUUCACCGACUGCUUCAACUGCCUGCCUAUCGCUGCCAUAGUGGACGAGAAGAUCUUCUGCUGUCACGGAGGUCUGUCUCCCGACCUGCAGUCCAUGGAGCAGAUCAGACGCAUCAUGAGACCCACAGAUGUGCCCGACACAGGCCUCCUGUGUGACCUGCUGUGGUCGGACCCAGACAAGGACGUCCAAGGCUGGGGAGAGAACGACCGCGGCGUCUCCUUCACAUUCGGAGCUGACGUGGUCAGCAAGUUCCUUAACCGCCACGACCUGGACCUGAUCUGCAGGGCCCACCAGGUGGUGGAGGAUGGCUACGAGUUCUUUGCCAAGCGGCAGCUGGUGACUCUGUUCUCUGCUCCAAACUACUGCGGGGAGUUCGACAACGCCGGCGGCAUGAUGAGCGUGGAUGAAACCUUGAUGUGCUCCUUCCAGAUCCUGAAGCCAUCUGAGAAGAAAGCGAAGUACCAAUACGGAGGGAUGAACUCUGGUCGGCCCGUCACUCCUCCCCGCACAGCCCAACCCCCAAAGAAACGAUGAAGAAGGACGCAACAGUAGAAAAACAAAAAACAAAUGAACACAAACCUGUCUUUCACUUAAAAUGUUACUUUUCAUCCUCUGAGCUGCUGUCACACUCUUCCUCAACGCUUUUUUUCCCCCUUACAUCUGUAACAUUUUCAAGGAAAAUGAGAAAACGAUGAGUGUCAUUAUGUAGCAUAUCGGAGUGUUUCGUUUUUGUCUAUUUGUACGGUCUUUCAUUUUCUUUACAGUUUGACAGCUAGUUUAUUUUACCACAACUCUUUACUUUCCUGUCUGUACAGACGCAACAGGUAUUAAUGACAACUGCUGGGUUUUCAAUAAAUAAUACAGGGAAUAAAUCCA